AAUUUUAUUUACAAGGCUAGUUCAUGUUUUUCCAAUUUUUACUCCCGAAUUGCAGAGAAAAGACAUUACUUGGCAUGAAAGAUUCGUCUGCCCUAUUGUUGAGUAGUACUACGAUCUCGGUUUAAAUAUGGAGGCAAUAUCUCAUAGCGGAAGUUGCGGGAACUAAAAAGAGUAUUAAUGCUAUCUCAUUAUACUCUAUUCGAUGCUUGACGAUGCUCGUAAUUUUCUUACGACCCCGAUCCUAACCUAACGGAUCUUAACCUCUCGCGGACGACUGUAUAUAUAAUAUACGCGAAAUGUAUUACUAAAUGCAUCGUUCGUGUGUGUGGAUCAGCAUAAUUCCGCGCGAUGUCCGUCAAGCUCCUUCGCUUUACCGAUCUUCUAAUCCCGAGAGGCCAACAUGUCCGGUAUGGCCAUCGGCUACGAGGAAGACCGCCGACGCUCGCUCGCUCCUUGAAGCAACGUCUCGAUGAACUCAACUGGAAGGAUCCGACGCUGCACUUCAGGGUCAACAUCGGCUACGCGCUCAAGAGGCGAUCGGUAGAUCGUGCCACGCUGAAGGAGUACGUGAAACAUAGGAAUGAUCCUGAACUGGAGAAGGUCUCGCGUACCAGGCAGCUGACGGUGGAUCUGCAGAAGGUGCGAGAAGACUGGCAGCAAACCGACUCGCCCGUCCACACCCAGAGAAUAGCGGAGUACUACGGCAUCUACAACGAUCUGUACGGAGACGCCUAUUUUGCACCGGUGGUUCCGUUAGAAAUAAAAUACAGCCUGAAGGACGAGAAGAUGGUGAAGGUUUACAACGGUAACGUGAUCAAGUCAGAUGAAGCUUCUGGAAAGCCCGACGUGCAUUACAACGCGGAGGACGGAUCGGUGUGGACGCUCCUGAUGACCACACCGGAUGGCAACUUGACCAGCGCUGACAACGAAUAUUGUCACUGGUUCGUCGCUAACAUCCCUGGCAAUCGUCUGCAGGAAGGAGAGGAACUGGUAGACUAUCUGAGACCGAUAGUGCCGUACGGCAUUGGAUACUGCAGAUACAUCUUCGUGCUGUACAAACAGGAGCGCCACAUAGAUUUGUCAGAGUACAAGAGGACGAGUCCUUGCCUGACUCUGCAGGAACGUAACUGGAAAACGCUGGAUUUCUACAGGAAGUACCAGGAUCAAUUGACGCCCGCUGGUUUGGCGUUUUUCCAGUCCGACUGGGAUUCCUCGCUCAAGGAUUUUUAUCAUAACACAUUGAAAGUGAGAGUACCAAUGUUCCGGUACGACUUCCCUGCGCCAUUCCUUAACAAACAGGAGUGGUUCCCCUUGAAGAAACCUUUCAACAUAUAUCUGGACAAAUAUCGCGACCCCAAGCAGAUAAUGAAGGAAUUCCUGCUGAGAAAAUUGAAGAAGGUUCAUCCCUUCAAUGGUCCAGAGCCGAAACCCAAGUUCCCACUGGCUUAUUCAAUGCCUCGCGAACGGAUACCGAGCUGGUUGGCGUUCGAGAUGUUCAAGAAGAGAAAAGGACAAGGUCGCGUUAACGAUCUGGAUGAGUACUAGAUUGAUAGAUAAAAACACAGUGCUGUAUCAUAAAUUAAAUAUAAUUACAUGUAAUAAAAAAGCGUGUUGAG